AUGUCAAAACUUCAUUUUGAGUCAUUAUCAAUGAAACUAGAUAUUCAGUUACUCAAACGAAAUGUCCAUCAAGAGCUUAUUAAUAUCGGUUUUUCUUUUAGAGCACCGGUUGGUCAGCAACCAGCUGCUGGCUCAUCUAUGUCAACAAGAAUGAUCCCUCCUGCAUCUGCUGCACCUGGUCAUCCACCUGUCUUCCCUGUCGCGCCCACUCCCUAUGGAAUGGUUGCUCACCCUCAACAGUAUUUGUCUCAAGCUAUGGUUUACACACAAGCCUUACCGAAUAUUCAAGGAAGAGUUCCAGUAAUGGCUCCAGUUGCAACAAACGUUCCUAAUAUGUAUAUACCCGUAGCUCCUUUACCAACUGGAAUAAGCACAACAAACAUAGAUCCAACUAAGCUGUUAGAAGAGCAACGCAGAUUAGAAAAGGAAAGAAAUUUUCAGCUCCAACAGCAAAGGUUAAAACAAUUCACAAUUGCUGGGAAAAAAGGAAGUUUGAAUGCUGAUAAUCUUAUUGACAGUAUGUUUGGAAAAUGCCCACCGAAAACAAGUACAAAUCCUAGUCCACCUUCUACAAAAUAUGCCUUACCAACUAAGGGAGAAAAUAAAAUGAGGAUUCCUGCUUCGCAAGCUCCUGAAAAGAAUGCUUCCAGGGUGCAACACCCUGAAAUGAGCCAACCCUGUAUUCCAGUUCCUGUGCAAAAAGAUACUAAGGAUUUAGGGGCUAUGAUGUUGGAGUGCUCAAAUUUGACUGGCCCACAGAAAGCAAAUAAGUUCCAGAAACCUUCAGUAAAAGAACUUCUACCCACCUCUCUUCCUAAAGCUACUUUUACAGCAAGCGAUAAAGCAAGAGAUUGGAGAAGUAUACAAGAUCUUGAUAAAGUAUUUGUUGCUGAGAAACCAAGAUUCCCUCCAUGGUGCAAUAACGAAAAUGUUCCUGAAAUGUUUCACGAGAUUCGUGCAUUUGUGACAGAGAAUGAUAGCCACGCCCCUGAUACAAAUUUGAUUUUCCCUGUGCUUGUAUCCUCAGGUCUCCCUCGAGAGUUGCUGGGUCAAAUUUGGGAGCUGGUAAAUGAUUCUGGAAAAUCACACUUGACAGCUGCGGAAAUGUAUGCUGCUUUAGCUCUCAUUGCUGUUGCCCAGGCUGGACAUCCAGUGAAUUCACUUGAUAUAUUGCACCGACUUCCAUCUUGUCCAGUUCCAAAACUGAAUUGCACAAAACCUACUCCAGUGCAGCAAGAUGUGAAACCUGAGCUUGAAGACUCAUCCCAUAACAUACAAACACCUGCAGCUGGUCCCGAAGAAAAGUCGCAAUCAGCAGUUCAUGAAGUUAUUCGACCAACGGCAAUUUUCCCUCCGAAUGCCAAGAUCACUUCUUCUGAUAAAAGUUCUGUUACAGAUCUAGAAGAAAGUGUAUCCUCAUGGACACCAUUUUCAACUUCCGGCCAAGUUAGUUCACCUGAUGAUGAUUUUGAUGACUUCAAAUGUGCCACACCGACUGCUAUAAAUUUUUCAAUGCAAACUCCUGUGUCUGCUACAGCUCAAGAUGAUGAUGAUUUUGAUGACUUCAAGCAAGCACCCAGCAUUCCCAUUAAAAGCGAAGAAAAUAAAAUCCCUGAAAUUUCCUUAGUUGAGCAAGACUUGAUGUCACCAGAUGAAGAUAAAUAUAGUGUGUUCAGGUCUCUACAGCAAGAUGAUGGCACUAUGAACUGGGGUAACUUCUCUUGUACUCCUGCUUUGCCAGUUUCAGAUGCAAGUAACAAAGCUGAGAAAAGUACUGAAAUGGAAAAAACUGAGCCAAAUACUGGUUUCCCCAGUUUUUUAAUAACUCAAAACUCUGAUACUGCUGCUUGUAUGAGAAGCGAACUGCCUGUUGUAGAAAGUUCUUCAAAAAAUGAUGAUGAUUUUGGAGACUUUCUUCAAGCAGAUGUUGCAUCCGUUGUACCAACGCAACCAGAUACAGAUUUUGCUGACUUCAGUAACUUCAAACAAGCUGAUAGCCAACAAACGAGCUUCAUGUUCAACAAUGAAGGUUCUCAGAAUGAUGAUGAAUUUGGGGAAUUUGCCAGUAGUGUUCCCGUUUCUCUUAAACCAGAUGUGGGACAGGAAUUCCUUUUCCGCCACAUGAAAGACAACAUAUCAUUGGCAGAAAGUCAGUCUGUUUCCAGUUUAGAACUAGGCACUUUUGAUGGUGGUGGCCACAGUGGAGAAUCCAAAUCAUCGCUUAGCAGACAAGAUUCAAUCCCAAGCUUAGAUUUAAAAAGUGGUUGUUUAGAUACAAAUGAUGCAGAAGACUGUUUUGGUGAGUUGCAAACUCCAGCUUUUGUUUCAAGAGGAUCUAAAUCCCCUUCACCAUCAAAGGAUGUGAAAGAGCCUGAAAACAAUGUCAACUCUACAAAUAUUGGUUUAAUGUUUUCUACCCCCUCUGUUCCACUAGUGGAUAAGUACAGUGUAAUACGAUCAGAGGAAAGGAAGGAAGAGGACCCUCAUAUCAGUAGUUGGACUAGAUGCUUACAGAGUUCCUUAAAUAUUUUGCAAAACACUAAACGAAUUUUUAACCAGAUGAGUUGCAGCUCGGUUUGUAAUGAAGUAUUAUCUUCAGAAGAAGGAGGAAACUAUAUAAGAAAUAUCAUUGAAAUUUAUAAAGUUGUUUGUCGAAUAUCAGCAGCAUCGAAGUCAGCAGGAAAACAGACUUCCGUUUUAAUUGAGUUGCUCCAUCAAGCUGAUAGAGAAUGGAAUACAGUGUGUGGCUUCUUUGCAGGUUCCUCUCUAAUGCCGGAUGAAUCAUCACUAAAUUUUGCCAGCUGUGUCCUAAAGGCUGAACCAGAAAAUAACUUAAAAGCAUGUGGUCUGUGUCUGCUAAACGUUGAUAUCCACAGCAAGUGCUUCAGUAAAGAAGAAAGUCUGAAACUAUCAUAUGGAGGACGUAACUACCAUAGCCCAUGUGCGAAUUUCUGGGUUAAUUGUGUUGAUCCUUUGCUACCUGCCCUUCCUUUACCUCAAUUACUGUAAUUUUAUCAACGUCAAAUAUGGAAGAAAAAAAAAUUGUUUUAAAAAUGUACGUAAUCAAAUGCUGGGUAUACAUUACUAAUCGGAUAAUACCUUGUUUUAAUAGGAAAUAUAAGUAUUUGCUUCUUUUAGUGAUUAAUAAUCAUUUAAACAUCUUUUCAGUUUUUUUUUUUUAAAUAUGAAUAAGCAUUUUUUUAAAAUGUCCGUUGAUUUUAAUGCUUUAAAUAUUACUUUGAAAUAAUUUGAAUGAAAAUCAAAACAGAUUCAUUCAGUAAAAUUCAGUUUUGUCACAUGACUUUCGUCCAUAAGCUCUUUUUCUACUAAAAAAUUAGUCCCUUGUUUCUUCUAAACACGUUUGCAAUUUUUUAAAUUUGCUUUUUAGUAUUGUUUAUGUUUUUGCUUUUUAGCAUAAAGGUAGUUAUUUAUUUCUAAGUUUUAUGCAAUACUAAUUUUAAUUAUGAAAGGGAAACUGCUCAUGUUCCAUGCAUGUUUUUAACUAUGCCUUUAAUUUGACUAAUAACCAAAGUUAUAUUAGCAAUGCAAUUAUGUACAGUAAAACCCCUUUUAACGAACACCGCUCUCAUGCAGUUUUCAAUUCCCCGAUUCCAAGGCAAAUAACAUAAUUUAACCCCUGUCCUACGGACACCCCUCUAUUGUGGACAAAAAAAUUUGUCCCGUUAGUGUCCGCAUUUGAGAGGUUUUACUGUAUGUAAAAUACUAGCAGUACCCGCACAAUGAUGCCUGCGCUAAAAAUUAAAAUAAUUUAAAAGAAAAUCAAUUAACAUACGCACACUGAAUUUAAAAUAAAGUAAUAACAGUAAAAUAUUCAUAAGCAACAAAGGCAACUUCCUCCAAAAUGUUUAAAAAGACAGUAAUUGAAAAAUUGUCUGGAAAAUGGACUUAGUGUUAUAGCAAUUUCUCGAAAGAGAAGUCUUGAAAAUUGGCUCAAUUAGAAUCGCUUUUAUCUCCUGUUCUAAUUAAUUGAGAAAAAUGGAACAAACAUUAUCUUGUUUGGGAAGGAAAACCCUUUCCAACGAUAUAUAAUGUUAAGGGUGAGGGGAUUUUUGGGCUUUGAGGUGCAGACACCCGGGGUACGUUCGAAUUUUGUGCCAAGUUUCAGGGCUGUAGAUGCUAUGGGUAGGGGUGCGACAUUGAUGUUGAUGUUUAGGAAACAUCGAUGUUUUGUUAAAACAUCAAUGUUUUACUUUCGAUGUUUUUGCAACUUCGAUGUUUUGGGUUCGAUGUUUUUUCGAUGUUGAUGUUUUUGUAUUUUGAUUGAAAAUUAUAAUAAAAUUUCCCAGAGAAGCGACAUCCAUUGAGAACAUCGAUCUUCAUUAUGAAAAAGAAGCAAAAAAAAAAAAAAAAAAACGAUGGUAUCUAUAAUUGACCCAAAAACAUUUAAAUCUCAGAAUCAUCGACAUCACCUAAAUUUGAAAAGUGCAAGAGUUGUGCUCCUCUUAGCUACUAUGCAAAAUAAUCCGCUGCUGCCGGUGUUGAGAUUAUAUGGAAUUUACCAAAACUAUUUCCUCUUCAACAAAGUAAUGAAUGCAUUCAAAAUAAACAUUUUUUUUUCAAUGUAUGUAUUAUAAACAUAAACGGCGACAGGAAAGCUUCCUCCGGUCUGAUUUAUUUUUUUCUGUUGACUUGCAAAACGUGGUGUUGUACGUAGUUGGUUAGAGAAUAUAUAAAUAUAAUUUAAUAUUAGCUUUACUUGGAAAUUUCUAAAAUAAUAGCUAUAAUAUUAAGAAUUUACGCAAUGCCAAAAACGAACUUCACUGGUCCACUAAGAAACAUUUGUUAGAGAUUAUCAUAUAUGU